AUGAAGUCGUAUCAAAAUAACAACAAGCAUAGGAUGAGAAAUUAUUUGGUUAUACAAGCGGGUAAUGGAGGCUUUGGAUAUUCAAAUGGCCUUGAGACGAGAUGUGAGGUACUUGGGUUGGCCGUUGUUAUAGUGACACAUGAGCCAGUUAUGAAUGAAGACGAAUCUCCGAAAUCAAAAAACAUAUUUAUCAGCGAGAUAGAUUGUUUUGUUGGCAAAAAUAUUGGAAAGUACUUGGCAACACAGAUCCCUGGAUCUGGAAUAGAAGAUGAGAAACAGGAUGCAGAUUUAUCGAGAGAGAAGUGGGAACCAGGUGGACCUUCUCCACCCAAAGAAAACUGUUUCAUAAUAAAUGGGACACUACGCUAUUCUGACUCAAACAAACCUCCGUUUGCAAGGGAUAUUUUAGAUUAUGAUGAUCGUAGCAAAUUUUUGGAGCACGUGGAAACUUUUGACGUUAUUAUGUACGACAUCACCAUCAAUCCUGAACAAAUUGAGGAAGUAUUAUGGCUUAGUGAGUGUCUGGAGAAGAAGUCAGACCAAUUUGUUUCCAAGAAGAUAUUUAUUCUGGUGACAAAUUUGAUGAGUUGGGUAUCAACUAAGCCAAAUGAUCCGGAAGAUCCAGGAUUUGUGGAAUCCGAACAUAAACGUCGUAAACCACAUCCAAAAUUUAAAGAGUAUUUAGAAUGUGAAAAAUCAAUUUUGAAGUUAGGUAGAAAGCAUAAAAAGAAAUUUGUAACUUAUGUAUUAGCAUGUGGAGUGUUCUACGGAUGCGGUGAAUAUCUUUUUCAACAUUUAUUUAAAGAGGCUUGGUCAACACAAAAUGAAUUGCCAAUUUAUUUAAAUGGAGAAAAUAUAUUGCCAACUGUUCAUAUACUAGAUUUAGCCAGAGUAAUCCAAUGUAUAAUGAAUGAUCCUCCUAAACAACGUUACAUUGUUGUUCGGGAUGAUGGUCAGUUUACUUUAUCAGAAAUUGUUAAGGCUAUCUCAUCGGGAUUAUCCAAUGGCGUUACAAGAAUAUACAACGAAGAAGAAAUGAAAUCAAAGGAAAUACCGACACAAAUAACUGAUAUUUUAACAAUGAAUCUUCGUAUUGAACCCAGUACAAUUAAAGAAGAUAUGCAAUUUCCAUGGAUUUCUGAUUCAGGCAUACCAACUAAUAUAUCCCAAUUAAUCAAUGAAUUUAUUGAAGAACAUCAAUUAAAGCCAUUACGUUUAUGUAUUCUUGGUCCACCGUGUAUUGGCAAAACUACUCUUGCUAAAGAACUUUGUAAGAUUUAUCGUUUACAUCAUAUACACUUGAAAGGUUUAUUAUAUGAAUAUAUUCGAAAUCUGCUUGAACCAAUCAAAGCCUAUGAACAUUUAUUGUUGAUUCGUGAAAAAGAACGUCUUGCAGCUGAAAUGAAUUCUGAAUCUGUUGAACAAGUGCUGUUAAAACGUAAUUCACGAACUGAUCAAUUAUUGUUAGAUGAUAAUGAGACAAAAGAAUCGAUAACUGAUGUUACAAAUCCAUCAAAUGUCAACUUAUCGUCAGAUUAUUCAACCAAAUUACUAAAACCAAUGAAUGAAAUUUUGGAUUCAUAUGAAGAUGAAGAUGACAAAGGCAUAAUGACUGGAGAGAAAGUCACUUUUGACGGGAAAGCGAAUGAAUUAAAUGAUUUAGAGUAUUAUCCACUUAGUCCAUUACCAACUUGGAAUUCUGAAGAUGAAUUAGAAAUGCUGGUCAAUGAUUGUCAAGAACGUUUAGAACAAUUAAAAGAGAAUUGUAAUGAAUUUGGUAAACUAAACGAUGAAACACUGAUACGAUUAUUAGUCCAAAAGUUACUAUCUAAACCAUGUCAAAAUCAAGGAUUUAUUUUAGAUGGAUUCCCAAAAACAUUACAACAAGCUGAACUCUUAUUCAGACCUGAUCCAGAAGAUGAAGAUAUUUUAAUGAAUGAUAAUUUACCAUCACAAUCACAUCGUUUAAUAACACCAAAUUAUGUUAUCUAUUUAAUUGGUAGUAAUAAUUUAUUAUUACAAAGAUUCAAUAAUCAAUUUUCUGUAUCAAAUUUUAAUCCAACACAAAUGAAAAUUCAAUUACCAAAUUGGAAAUUAUAUUUAAUGAGUGAUAAGACUGUACUGAAAGAUGAAUCUAUUAGACAAGUUAUAAAUUUCAAACAAUUAGAAACAUAUAAAGAAAGAUUUGAUAGAAGAUUACAAGAAUAUCGUUCUGUAAUGGCACCAAAUGCAGCAAAUUUACGUUCAAUACUUAUGGAUGAAGCAAAUUCACUUCAAGGAAAAAGUCAAAUGGAAAAACCGGAAAUACAUCAAACUGAAGAUGUAAAAUCGAAAUCUCUAUCAAUGGAAGGAACUAACUUGAAAGAAGAAGACAUUCAACAAAAUGAUGAAGAUCAGUUACGUAAAAAAGACAAUGAAAUGGAUAUUGCGAUUGAAGAAAGUAGACAAAUGGAAGGACAAAAUGAAGAAGAAAUCGAUAGACAUCAACAACACACAAUAACAGAAUCAAUUGCAUUAGAAUUAAAACUGGCGCAUAUUCCACCUUUACCUGAAGUACCAGAUGAAACUGAAGAAAAUGUUUUAACUUAUUUUGAUAUAAGAGAAAUUCAUCCAUUAAUCAUUAACAUGGAUAAAGAUUCUAGUCCAGUAAUUAUGUUAAAUGGUCCACAAGAAGCUUGUUUAGAAAAAGUACGUAAAGUAAUAGGACAACGUGAAGCAUUUAAAUUACCCUCUAUUGAAAUUUAUCCAUUAAAACAAAAUGAAUAUGAAAUUCAACAAGAAGCAUUAAAAGUUUUAAAAGAAUUUGAAUUAGAAAAAAUAAAAUUAGCUAAAGAAAAAUUAGACAAACAAAAGAAUGAAGAAUUGGCAUUAUUGAAAAAAUAUGAAAAUGAUUGGAACAAUUGGCUUUCUCUGUUGAAUACACAAAAUUAUCAAUAUGCUGAAGCACAUUCACUACCAAUGCGUCAUUAUUUAAUGAUAUAUAUUAUGCCUGAAUUAUCAAAAGCUUUAUUGGAAUGUUCUGAAAUAAGACCAGAUGAUCCAGUUGAUUUUGUGGCUGAAUAUUUAUUGAAGACGGGGAUUUCGAAAAUAAAUUAA